AUGUGCGCCGAUUCGCACAUAACACCUCCAAGAACACCGAGUGGCUCAGAAGAGGACGUGAAUGCCCACAGCGAAGCGCCUGUGCCGCCGCCAGUUUUCCACAAUUUCUUAAGGGCCUUCUAUCCUUUUCAUCCAAGCUAUACAACAACAGAUUCGACGGUCACUCUGCCACUCAAUGAAGGAGAUGUUGUUCUAGUACAUUCGAUACACACGAAUGGAUGGGCCGACGGCACUCUUCUUGUUUCUGGUGCCCGAGGCUGGCUGCCAACAAAUUACUGCGAAGCGUACGAUCCGGAGGAGAUGCGAAACUUACUCAAUGCACUUUUAAACUUUUGGGACUUGUUACGCAGCACUGCGACUAAUGAGCGAGAUAUCUUCGGGAAUCAAGAGUUCAUGAAGGGUAUCAUUGCAGGUGUUCGGUAUCUUUUGGAAUACACAAACUGUCUGACUCGGGAAUCGCCGAUUAUCCAACGUAACGAUUCCUUGCGGAGAGGACGCAAAUCACUGCUGUCAGAGCUGUCGUCGCUAGUGAAAACAGCCAAGCGGUUACAAGAAGUCUUAAAGUCUGCUCAACUGCUCAGUGAGCAUGUCAACGACAUCAUUGAUGAGAUGAUUCUAAGGGCUUUCAAGAUCAUUGUCAAAGGUGUACGCUUCCUUGAUUUACUCGAGGAGGAUAGGCGACAACGCGCACCUGCCGCUGUGACGGUGAUGGCGACUGUUGUAGAAGAGUCCUAUAUUCCGCCAACACCUCCAGCUGAGUCGGCUAUCGCGUCUGAUCAGAACCAGGAUGUCGACCGGGAUGCCGGCACCCGAGGAGUUGAGGAGGGAACUGCUGCCGAAUUGGCGGAGACGCAGCUAACCGACGGUGCACAAGAAAACGCACCAUCCAACAAGCGCUUGUCCUCCGUUUACUCGCCAACAAACACGACAGGUCAUCGGCUGUCACAGACCAAUUACAAUCGAGGGAGUCGAUUGUCGGCCAGUAUAUCACAUCGAGUGUCUCUAGCCGGCCCAUCAUCGCUGUCUCAACCUCAAAACUUGGUUUCAGCACGGUUGAGUUCAAGUCAUGACACUCUCUUGUCCUACCUCGGAUCUUUCAUCGGACGGUUACAACUACAGUCUCAGUCCCGUUCAGAAUUAGCCUUGGCAAUCAAACAGUCUGCAACCCUGGGUGGAGAUCUCCUUGCCGUUGUCGACACCGUCUGUCGGCACAAUCCCUUUGGCUCCGAAUCUUUGGAUCAAGCUAGAGCUGCCAUGUACGACCGCAUCCGAGACCUGGUGUACUCUGCACGGGGAAUUUUAAGCAGUACUGAACUUGAGGCAGAAGAUUUGAUCAUGCUUCAGGAUAACGGACAGCUUCUUUCGGCUGCCAUGGGUUGUGUGCAAGCGGCUGGCAGCUGUGUGGAGAAAACCAGAUGGGUCAUUGAGAGGAUUGGCGACUUCGAAUUUGAGACGGAAAAACAAGGCCUGGGGAUUGACUUGGGAGUUUUUGAGAAAGCUGCGGCAAGCCGGCCGAGUACGCCUGCGACAGCGAGCGUCGCUAGUUCAAAGGCCUCGGAUUCUUCUCCUACCCGAACCCGGCAUCUGCAUAUGUCCAUGGACAAACCUCUACCUGCGGUUCCUGCGGGGUCUGAAUCUGCAGAACGAAGCGAAUCUGGAAUUAAUACUGAUCCAACAUCACAACCACCAUCUUUUGCCACGGAUGACGCGGCUUCUAGCGUUCCUUCGUCUAUUGGGUCACUGCGUACUGCUUUGCCGCCGCUACCCAGACUUACUACCACACUUCUUCGGGAAGACUCUUAUAGUCCUACAACCGAGACGUCUCAUGACAGUGAAUACCAUGGCUCUUUUCGCUCAGAAGCUUCGACUGCGUCCAGCACGGGCACCAACAGCACAUACCUCAGCAGAGAUUCCGAGGUCAGUCUCAUCUCCCAGACAUCGACUAGGGCAACCACCCCAGACUCCGCGGGCGUUCCGAGGAAUCAACCAUCAGUGUCAGAUCUCAGUGUCGCUGGAAGCUUCAGUACACCUGAAGAAGUUGAUGAUGUGGAGUCGAAAUUACUGGAAAAAACAUACGCCCAUGAGCUUAUGUUCAACAAGGAGGGCCAGGUCACUGGGGGCUCUCUCCCUGCUCUUGUUGAGCGUUUGACUACCCAUGAGUCUACGCCUGAUGCAAUGUUUGUAUCUGCAUUCUAUUUGACCUUCAGGCUAUUCUGCACGCCUAAAAUGCUCGCAGAAGCAUUAAUUGAUCGUUUCGAUUAUGUGGGUGAGGCGCCCCACGUUGCAAACCCUGUGCGUCUCAGGGUUUACAACGUGAUGAAGGGUUGGCUCGAGUCGCAUUGGCGCGAGUCGACCGACCAUGAGGCCCUUUCAGUCAUUCGUCGCUUCGCCGAGUCCAAGCUUAGCUCCUUGCUUCCGUCCGCAGGAAAGCGAUUGCUAGCGCUCACCGAAAAGGUUUCUGCCAUUGAAGGCUCUUUGGUACCGAGGCUUGUGUCUUCUAUGGGCAAGACAAGCACAUCCACUGCUCAAUAUGUUCCUGCAGACACGCCACUUCCAAAUCCUAUUUUGUCCAAGAAUCAGCAACACUUGCUUCAAACUUGGAAAACUGGUGGUAGCCUACCAUCCGUCCUUGAUUUCGAGCCUCUAGAGGUCGCCCGCCAAUUGACAAUGAAGCAAAUGAACAUUUUCUGUUGUAUUUUACCCGAGGAGCUACUUGGUUCACAAUGGAUGAAGAAAGGUGGCGUGGAAUCACCCAAUGUCAAGGCCAUGUCGGGACUUUCAACCGAUCUUUCAAACUUGGUUGCCGACACUAUUCUUCAAUAUCCUGAUGUCAAGAAGCGGGCAGCCGUCAUCAAACAGUGGGUCAAGAUCGCGCAUCAGUGUUUGCAGCUCAAUAAUUAUGAUGGAUUGAUGGCCAUCAUAUGCAGUCUCAACAGUUCCAUCAUUAGCCGACUUCGGAAGACCUGGGAAUUUGUGAGCCCGAAGAGACGAGAAAUGCUGAAGACACUGCAAGCGAUUGUUGAACCAUCCAACAAUAACAAGGUUCUGCGCGCUCGACUACAGGGUCAUGUCCCGCCAUGCCUGCCGUUCCUGGGCAUGUUCUUGACCGAUCUGACUUUUGUCGAUAUUGGCAAUCCUGCGACUAAGCAAUUGCCGGGGUCAGGCUCGGAAGAUCAGGGCUUGACCGUCGUAAAUUUUGACAAGCAUACGCGCACAGCAAAAAUAAUUGGGGAGCUGCAACGCUUUCAAAUUCCCUUCAGACUUACUGAAAUUUCAGAUCUCCAAGACUGGUUGCAGGCUCAAAUUGUUCGUGUAAAGGAGGCAGAUUCAGGCAAUGUGCAAGUCAGCUACUACCGUAAAAGCCUGCUACUGGAACCACGCGAAACUGUCGCCCGCACUCCCGUGGAAGGCCCUACAGCGACUCCAAAUCCUGGGCAAAAAACCGACCUCUUCUCUUGGAUGUCACGAGAUCGAGGAAACCACAGCAAUGCGACUUUAGCAGUCUGA